AUCCGCGCCAGGCGCGAGCGGCAGAAUCCAUCCCUUGCCUUCCAUCAAGGUAAAGAACUCCUUGAGGAGGGGUGUCGUCUGCAACGUCUUGCGCGAGCCGAUUCUGAGCCGAAGAUGACCAGCUUCGCUCGAGCGCGCGUGAAUGAGACAUUCAUGCGUCGCCAGUCCUUUGGGCACCACUAGCCGGCUGCACACUGCCCCCGUUCUACUGUAUAGGAUCAAGUUGAUUGAAUUCACCUUGAACACUCCGAGCGGUCGUUCUGCUUCUCUUCCCGAACGUUCUUCAUCUCCUCCACCACCAUGCCCAAACGCUACAUCAGCCACUCGCAGCAGACGCCGGCGUCGCAGGACCUGCCCCUUGUCGAGCGCGACAUUCGGACGACGUUCAUCGCGAGCUAGAUGAUAGAACCGACUCGCCCGGGAAAUGAUUAAUGAUCUGGAUCACCUUUUAUGGCUAACUUGGAUAUCGUUUGUUUGCCCGAGGAGGAAAUGCGAUCACACACUUUC